AUGUCGUCUUCCGCCUCGCAAAGUCCCGACAUCGCGUGCGCGAGCUUGCCGCUGGAACUACUGGCGGCCGGCGCGCUCGGCGUCAAGGAGGAGCGAGAGCUCACCGCCGCGGAGGAUCUGUCGUCGUCCCAGGAACCGCCGAGUAACAGUGGCAGCAGCGGUGGUGGAGGUGGCGGCAGUGGUGGCGGUGGUGGUGGCGGUGGUAGCGGUAGCACAAGCAGUAGCUGUAGUACAAGCAGCAGCAGUGGCGGCAGCGGCGGAGGUGCCGUCGGUGGCGCCGGUGGUGGCAACGGGAACGGCAACGGCAACGGCAACGGUGGUGGAGGUGGUGGUGGUGGCAGACAGAACGCGAGGGAGUCCCUGUCGGUGAUCGUGCCACCUCAGGACGUGGACGUGGACUCGCGUGACGCCGACUCGGAGCUGCUCAGUCCGGGCAAGCUAACGCCGACGUCGGGGAUAAGCGUCUCGGUCGCGAGUAUGAUCGACGCGACGGACUUCAGGGCGAUGCAGCCGGAGCCGACCUAUCAGACACUGACCUCGGUCGCGGAGAGGAUGUCGCCGCCUGGCUUCAGCCCGGGCUCGUCUUACGCGACCCUGACGCCGUUGCAGCCGUUACCGCCGAUCUCGACGAUGAGCGACAAGUUUGUGUACAGCGCGCACACCGCUGGCGGCGUCACCGGCAGUUUCGCGGUCAUGCAGAACAACGGCCUCGGUAACAUCGGCCUCAGCAUGAGCAGCUCGCCGUACGCGUACGACAAGCUGCCCUCGAUGAGCAUGUCGCCGCCGCACAAUUACCCUUCGCCCGGCGCCGGACUACAGCCGAGCCCUUUGUCGCCCCAGAGCGCCUACAGCCAGAGCGGACUGAACUCGCCGCACAAGUCCGCGAGCCCUCACUACGAUCCGGCCUUUUUGCCGAGGCUGCAACAGAGCCCGGCGGCGUUGAGCCCGUCGUCGCCGCCGGCCGUUUCGGCGACGGCCAGUUUCGCGCCCUCGCAUCAUUCCCCGCCCACGCACUCGGUGCCGGCUGCCUCGCCGCCUCCCAUGCAGACGCAGCUGCAGCAACAGCAGCAACAGCAACAACAGCAACAGCAGCAGCAGCAGCAGCAGCAGCAGCAACAGUCGAUGCAGUCGCAGCAGACGAUAUCGCACACGCAGCACGUGCAGCACACGUCGGUCGUGAUGAAGACCGUCUCGACCGCUGGGAACGGGGCCGGCGAGGUCGAGGAGAUCAACACCAAGGAGCUGGCCCAGAGGAUCAGCGCCGAACUCAAGAGGUACAGCAUACCGCAGGCGAUAUUCGCUCAGAGGGUCCUGUGCCGAAGCCAGGGCACCCUCAGCGACCUUCUGCGCAACCCGAAACCCUGGUCGAAGUUGAAGAGCGGUCGCGAGACCUUCCGACGGAUGUGGAAGUGGCUGCAGGAGCCCGAGUUUCAGAGAAUGUCGGCCUUGCGGCUAGCAGCCCUGAGCAACUGCUCUGAGAGCGGAGGCGAGCCGGAUGCCAUGCUGGAUAUCCACCACCCAGGAACCGGUCUCGAGUCUCAUCACCAACAGUUUCACAACUCAUAUGCUGCACAGAUUCCUCAACGCGCACCAUGCAAGAGGAAAGACGAGAUGGCGAGCCAGGCAGAACACCAACAGCCCGCCCCCAAGAAACCGCGCCUGGUUUUCACAGACCUUCAGCGCCGUACUCUACAGGCUAUUUUUAAAGAGACCAAGAGGCCGUCGAAAGAGAUGCAGGUGACAAUCGCCAGGCAGCUGGGCCUGGAGCCGACGACGGUCGGCAACUUCUUCAUGAACGCUCGACGCCGCUCCAUGGACAAGUGGAAGGACGAGGACCCGAAGACCGUAGCGGUCGACGAGGGACAGCUAUCACCCACAAUAGGUAUCGGGCAACGGCAGCCAAGCGACGUUUUGUGACACACGUCCGACCACGAGGAGUACCACGACGAGUCCCCCGAAGAGGACCUGCCCUUCUCGUAAGGGCGGCCGCACUUUGUCGCGUAACACGCGGCGCGACGCUCGCGAUGCUGCGGAUAUCUCGAUCGUGCGAGUCACGACCAACUGACCUGGAACGUCAGUUUAAUCGGGCGACCCUAGGCCAUUGCUAUGCCGCCCCGGAGCCCGAUGACGCCCAUCGGUCAUCACCCGCGGCUCCGGAUCCAGAAACACAGGGGGUCGCUGGACGUGGGGAGGGAUGCUCCGCGAAAUUCCCCCGGGUUCUCCGCGAACUCGGGGGGGAAACGUGGGGAUUUUUGUCGUUGGCAGCAGCGUCUCGCCGACGGAAACCGUCCUGGAGAUGUCUCGGGACGUCCGCCGGAAAAUUAGCGUCGCUCGAUCAACGAUCCGUCAACCGCGGUUCGAUCAACCGGUGAUCGAUCCGUCAACCGCUUCGAAUUUCUCCGCGACAAAAUUUGCAUUUUCUGAACACGAUUUUCUGACACUGUCUUCUUAAAACAGAGAACUCCGCGUUGUUCAAUCAUCGCGAGUUCCCGCGAAUACAAAAUUGCGUAAAACUAAAGCUCCGUGCUUGCAUCGGAAUCGGCCGGUUGAAUAAUUCGUUCGCGCGCGCGCUCUGUCGUCGGCCAUUCCUGCGAACGAUUAGGGGGCGAACUUUUCCGGCGGUUCCGAGAUCUGCGAGGCGUUUUUCUUCGGAACAAGACGGAACUGCAUACCGUGUCAGCGGAAAGUCAAACGAGUUUCAAGGCGGUCUCGACCGCUGCCGCUCCUCGUUAUUAUCUUAUGGUCUCGCUCGAAGUGCUGGACGAAUCGCACGCGCUCGGCUACGAUCAUUUUUUAACGAGAACGAGAGCCCGUGAGCGGCGGGGCAUCGUUCGUGAAUAUUACAGACGAGCCUCGCCGCGUCCCACGGCGACAAGCCGACGAGGAAACUCCGAUUCCUCCGUAACAAGCGUAGAAAAAGAUCCGAAAAAACGAUCGUGCGAAACGAUCGUCUUCGCCGGGCCUCGAACCCGGCGGCCAAGGUCGCGUAGCUCAAGGUCGAAUCUAAAUUAUCCGGGAUCGUAGUCGAGGAUCCGCGGCGAUUCGGCCGGGACUGCGAUGGUUUACGAAAAACUGUCGACGUUGCAUUCGGCAACGAGCUUCGAAGAACGUUCCAGCGCCAUCGAAACCGAGCAUCGUCGAGCACAGCGUCGUGGAUCGCGGUCAGCCCUCGACUUCCGGUCGGGGAAUCUCUCUCCCCCGUGAUCCGGGGGAACGAUCUAACGGGAUCGUCGUUUCGCCGUUCGCGUCCGCGGCCACGGGUGCCAUAAUUUGUUGCCAUAUUAGCGUAAGCAGCGAGAUCUGCCGCCGCGGAGGCGGCUUUUUCUCACCCCGCCGCGACGUGUUCCGCGAGAAAUUUUCUAGUCGACGCGCGCGCGCGCCAAGGUCGUCCGCCCGAGGGCCGCCAUAUUUUAUCUAGUCAAAAUUAGAACGAGGAGAACGCGCGCCUCGGGAUCGUUUCCCUUUUUCUCUUUCCUGAUCCGCGUCCCGAGCCUGCUUUUGCUCGGGUCGCAACCCGCCUGCCAUCCUCCGGGCCGGUUCUAACCCUCGGCGUUAUUUAUAAACAUUGUUUAACAAUCUGUUGGACGUUUAAAGGUCGAAGGAGAAUACGUUGUUGUUCGCCGAGGGGGUUGAACACGGCCGCCUUCCGCGACCCUGAUCCUUUCAGCUGGAUCGAGAUGGGGCUGUAAUUAACUCUUGUAAUCUCGCGAGCCGGUAAACGUUCGAUACGAUUCGAUAGCUUCAUUCGAGAGCGUUCCUUUCCGAAACAAAAAAGAAGCGUUGAAACGAGAGUGCCCCGGUGCCGUUUUUGUUUCAAGUAGAACGAAAUGUCGCGAGGACGGAUCCCGGAGGGUCGCAAGACGAUCGACGGUUCCGAGAGAAUUCGGUGAUCCGAUCGACGCCCGCUCCUGCACCCGUGCGGAAACCACGAGAAUCCUGCAUUUGCUAAAUAAUAAUAAACUAAUCGCAGAGUUUACUACCCGGAGAGGUCCAUUUCAUUUCCUGUAAAUCCCUACCGUCUACGAAAUAGCGAAAUUAAAGGAGUUAGCGCGGGCAGGAAACGAAGUCGAUCGCGAGCGCCAAAACUGUAAACCGAACGGCGGGGGUGAGAACGGCGACGGCGGGGGACGGGAGACGGGGGGCGAGAGAACGGUCCCGACUGGAAGCUGGGGGUUGAAUCUAGGGGUGAUAUUCGACUCGUCGUGUCCUCGUUGGUCGCUAAACGGAACAACCACCGGGAGACCCGUGAACCAAAAAAUUAAACAGGGACGCGGAGGGGAACGUGUCGACGUUCCUCGAGGCACAGACCACACUGUACACAGAUAGAAACGGAGCGAGGAAGGCGUACAGAGAGAUCCGACAAGAGACGGAGGAAGGACGGUUUAGGAUCGCUGGAGAAACCGAGAGGAACAAAAAUAUAGGGAGAGGAAAACGUGAGGGGAGAGAGAGAGAGGAGAGAGAGAGAGCGAAGUAAAUAAAAUUCAGAUAAAAUAAAAAAUGAAAAUAAGUGGCAUCGUGUCGAGGGUGCACGUGCCAAGUGAUAAUAUAUAUUCUAUGUAUGUAAUGAACAUUGUAUAUCAGAGUGGACGCUGUUUUGCGCGAACCGACAUAGAAGAGAGAGAGAGAGAGAGAGGGAGGGAGAGAGCAGAGGAGAACGGGACACGGGACGUGCCGAGGAUGAUCGUUCGCGGGAAUUAGUGGUUUUCAGUGUUCACCGACACGCGAACAGCGAGCGGGAUCGAAUGCGUGUUUGUGUGCGAGCGUCCGUGUGAGUGAGCCAGCGAGAUAGAUAGCGAAAUAUGUCCGAGAGAGAAAGAGUGUGAGAGAGGAAGAGCGAGAAAGCGAGCGAGAGAGAGAAAGAGAGAGAGAGAGAGCGAGAGAGCGUGCGCGAGAAAUACAGAGACGAAACUUAAGCGAACCGCACUCGAUACCGUGCCGCAAUUGUGCUGUGCUAUUGUACAUAUUAAAAGAGAUAGGGCAGGGGGGAAGAGAGACAGCUGAGAGAGAGAAUGAGAGAGAGAGACUUUCGAUCGCGCGGAAGAGCGAUCGCGAAGGCUAAGAACGAGUCUUCUUCCCGCGUGUCACGCGCGCACCGUUCCUCCCUCGAGCGGAAACGCUCGUUUUUCCGAUCUACGCGCGAUUUACCGAUCGUUUCGAAGGUCCUGCGGCCUCUUUCGAAUGCCCGAGAGUGAUCCGCGGGUCUUUCGGAGUCUUUCAACUGCGACAUUUCCCCGGACAAAUGCAGGGAACCGGGAGGGCUGGUUUUGUAAAGAUGUUUUUAGGGUUUCGGCUGUACUUGAGAACGCUUCUAACACCGACAAUGAGUCUUUUCGAAAUGGUUUCUAGGCCGGAAAAUUGCCGGCUAGAUUUUUGCAUUGGUUUCCGAUGGUUUUGGAAAUUUUCCGCGAGUUCGGCAUCUCCGACGGGGCACGUUCUUUGAAUAUUUUCGACGGCGACUUGCACCGAAGCCUCGGCUGCUUUCGGCGUCUUUUCGUAUUGGCCGCGAGGAACAAAAUUAACGGCGAACAGGUCCUCGAGAAGCCAUCAAACGGUAAUGAAUAAUAAAAUAGCUAGAACCACCCGUAAAUCGUUUCCUCUCGUUUCGCCGACGCGUUCGAAGCGAACGUCUCGCCGAAAUAGAUCACCGAGCGCAGCGAAGAAUCCGCCGAUCACUCUAGGACCCGGCGGAAAGGAACGAAUUCUAAGAAUCAUCUGUGCUAAUCGACGCGAAACGCGUUUCCGCGUUGGCCGGAGAGAAUCGCGAAAGGUUCUCUACGCUUUUCGAGGAACCUGCGACAGUUCACACGUUUCGUUGUCCGACGUUUCGGUGCGCGGCCGUGGACACGCGGGAAUCAGAAUCGCGCGCGUCUGUUUCGCCGGAAAUCGGAGCGGGGGGGAUUGAUAGUGGCUGCAUCAUCGUACCAAAAAUAAAAAGAGAGAGAAACGAAUGAAAGAAAUCUAAGGAGAACUGGAUCACCAAGCACCGGAGGGCAAACCGGGAACGCGGCCGUGUCGGCUCGGCCGUCGAUUAUAAGAUCAUAUAUAGUACAAAGUAAACAUAUAUUAUUGUAAUAACGGUUUAAAUCUAACUAUAAGAGGAACGUCGCUGUUUCAACGGGGUGCGGGACGAGGGGGUUGUAGGUUCCGAAUCGUUCGGGUCGAGUUCUUUUUCCUUGGGGAAGGGUCAGACGAUUUUCAGAGAUCGGCUGAUUAAUAUCGAGCCUGUGCGAGACUCGCGCGAAGAAACUCGUUAACUGUCGAUUUCAUUUACAAAAUCAAACGGAAUUUGUCGCGUUCAACGAUUUCGAUCGUACGGAAGAUACUUUGAUCUGACAAUAUUGCUCCUUGACGAUAUGUUGGGGUGAGAGAUUCUUAGGAGAUUCUAAUGAGAUUCUUAGGUACAUCGAGAGGUAACUUUGAGCGACCUAUAUUACGGCAAACUAACGCAGUUUUUCUGUACAAAUUUUGACUAAAUGUAUCGGCAUAAUGUAGGUCGCUGAAUUCGCUUUUUUAGCCGCAACGUGGCAAUGAUCAAAAUACACGGUUCCAUUGGAUAAACUGAUAAUUGGGUCAAUAUCUCGAAAAAAUAUACGAUGCUGUAAGAUCGAAAGUACAGUCGCAUGAUCGGGCUCCUUGAACACGAUGGAUUUGGUUUCAAACAUUUUUCGACGAAGCGGAUGGAAAACGAGUUAUUUCGAGCGGAACGUCUCAUCCACGCACCUUCGAAUAAUUCCUCCCGCUCUGCGGCCUCGGCGCGCCGCCAUCUUGCGACAAGAUGGCCGGUGGCUGCGCCUGCGAUCAUCGAGUUCCACGACUAAUUCGCCGUCAACUACUUACGAGCAUUUCCAAGAGAAAAUCGCGAACUGCGGAUUAUCAUCUCGACGCAUAUCGAGCGGUAAAAAUGCUUAUCGAAGCCGAAAAUAUUUGGGGGAUGUUUAAGACGUCGUGCUUUUAAGAGACAAGAUUGGGUCCGCGAAGAUCGGAAAAUAAAAUAUUGAAUCGCGGAAGUAUCGGAUUCGCGGAAAAUAAACGAUAUUAACAGACAAUAAAUUCCAAAGAAAGUAAUUCGUAAAUCGACGAGUCCGUGAAGUAACAUCAAAUUCGCAGAGUUUGGAUCUUAUUAAAAAAUUAACGAAAAUUCCUUCAACCGCUUGGAGUACUCUUUAAAAGGUACAAGAUGGAAAUAAUUCGUGGAAUCGAAUCAAAUGACAUUGUGGAAAAAUCACGAGAGUCGAGUGUCGGACGCGUCGUUGACGGGAGAAUUUUCGAGAAGGAUCGAGAGACCGGAGGUGGCCGCGGAACCGGAGGAAAUUCGAGGGUGGGUCGCGAAGUCCGGAUCUCGGGGACUCGCCUGAUCGGUAGAUUCUGCGGGAGGACUGAAAUCUGUACGAUAGAACCUGUAAAUACAUGGUUAAUUGCGUUCGCGAUCGCGGAUGAUUCUUCUUAUCGAUCGACGUUUAUCAUCGGCAUCGUCACCUCUUCGUCACUGUUCGUUGUUACGAUUAUUUCAAUCGCCAUUUCCCCGUACGACAUUUCAAAUCGCGGUUUUCAUUGUCGUUUUUCCGUGACGGUUUACCAUUAAUUAUUAAUUAACGACACGCAAGUUCGUUUGUUGUACGAUGGGCGUACACCGAGACGGUUUUGUGGGUGGCAGGAUGUUCCGAGAGGGAUGAGAAUUUAGACACGAGAACAGAUGUCGCGUUCGAGUUAGAAAAAUU